AUUUCACGCCUCGCCGCGCACCAGUCCCGCGCCCCUCUCCCUCCCGCUCUCCCAUCAUGGCCCCCUCCAACAUGUUCAACCUCAAGAAACAGCUCACGUUCUACGGCGCGUACCACGCCAACCCGGUCAACAUCACCAUUCACGAAGUAUGCGUGCCGAUCCUCCUCUGGACGUUUCAAGUGCUCGCGAGUGCACUCCCGGUCCCCGAUUUCUUCCCUCCAGUCCAUCUGAGCUUCAACGAGUACCUUGCCUUCGACCUUAACUGGUCGGCAGUCCACGCCGCACUCUACAUCGUCUAUUACUUCAUGCUCGAGCCCACGGCCGCCGCGCUGUACGUCCCUCAGAUGGCCCUCUCCCUCCUCACCGCGACUGCUUUCGCGCACACGCAUGAUGCCCUCAAGUACGCCGCAAUAUUGCACGUCGGUUCGUGGAUCGCCCAGUUCGUAGGUCACUUUGGUCCUGAGGGGCGUGCGCCUGCGCUGCUUGACAACCUGAUUGGAGCGGUGGUGUUGGCCCCGUUCUUUGUCCACCUCGAGGUCUUGUUCGCCCUCGGCUACAAGCCGCAGCUCCAUAAUGAGCUCAAGAAAAGCAUCGACUUGGAGAUCGAGAAGGUCAAGAAGGCUGAGAAAGCUGCGGGCAAGGUUCAGUAACCUGCUGCGAACUCGAGGUCACAUCAAAGGUUAUGCAAAGUGGCUCCCGUUCACGAUCCCUGAUGAUGUUUUGCUUUCGCGCAUCCUGAUGUAAUUUCUGACGACGCUGUACGAGCAUGUACGUUUAGGAUCUAUAUGUAUGAUUACAUUCGCAAAUUCAACAGUUAUACAUUGCCCUUCGUA